GCCAGCUCGGAGCCGGUCGCCGCCGGCGUGCACACACCAGCCGGUCCCGAGCGGUUCAGGGAGACACUCUCCCAGCACCGUAAAUAGAGUCCAAGUGGGCGGGGAGCCGCCCCGCGCCGCCCGCUCAUGUCCCUGCGGAGCCAAGUGUCCGGCCGCCUGGCACAGCUGCGCGCGGCGGGGCAGCUGCUCCGCGUCCCGCGCCCCUGGCCCGGCCCCUCGGCGGGUGCCACGCGGACCCGCAGCAGCGCGCGCGGUCCCCCGGCGUCCCUGGGCGCCUACAGCCCCGGCGCGCGGCCCCCAGCGGGAGUUGGGGCUUGGGGGGCGGCGGCGGUGGGGCGGAGGAGAGCCGGGGUGCGCACCUGGGCCCCCCUGGCCAUGGCGGCGAAGGUGGACCUGAGCACCUCCACCGACUGGAAGGAGGCAAAAUCAUUUCUGAAGGGCCUGAGUGACAAGCAGCGGGAAGAACAUUACUUCUGCAGGGACUUCGUCAGGCUGAAGAAGAUCCCGACGUGGAAAGAGACAGCGAAAGGGGUGACCGCGAAGGUGGAGGAGCCAAAGUACAAGAAGGACAAGCAACUGAACGAGAAGAUCUCUCUGUUCCGAGGCGACAUCACCAAGCUGGAGGUGGACGCCAUUGUCAACGCUGCUUCCCAGACGGCCCCGCCUGCCCUGGUGGCCCCAUCACAGGGCACUGCUGUGGGACCUCGGGCAGGUCUUCUCAGCCUCAGUCUUCUUGUCUGUGUCAUGGGAAGAAGAGGGCGCCAGGACCCGCCUCCUGGAGUGGUUACUGGGGUAAAAUCCGGUUCCCCGGGCGGCUUCUCCCAGCCUCAGUUUCCACCCGUGCGCCCUGUGGAGGAUCAGAGGAAAGUGAAUGAGUGCCUGGCCAGGUGCAGGGGCCGCGGUGAGCCAUUGCUGUCGUUCUUAGUAGCGAUUGACCUCACUCCACCACCGGACGGGAGCCCCGAGAGG